CCUGCCUCUCUGCCGUUCCUCUGAUGUCAUCCUGCGUCCUACUCCGUCGCUUUACCCGGCAGGGCUAGGGGGAGAGGGUGCCAUUUAGGUUGGUCCCUUGGUCCCCCGAACAGGGAAGACGCGUAUGAUAGGCAAGAACGAAGAAGCUCUUGAUUCAAGAAAAAAGCAGGGUCCCGAUAAUGACGACAAAACCGCAACACCUCUCUCCCCAGAACUGUGCUGUCCCGCUCCGGGAACCGUCCCGGCGCGAAUCCAGCCCCCCAACUGCCGUCGGAACACCGUACCUCUACGUGCCACGCCAUAUACGUGUCCAGGACGCGCAGCACCGUCUUUACCGGUAGUAGUGUACCUAGUGUACGGUCGAUGUAGUCGCCCUUCCAAAGUUCCAGAACAACUGGACAGAGACGACAUAGAACGGACGAAUCACCUCAGUCUCUCCCUUGUUUCUUAUUUUCUUUCCCCCUUGGGAGACUUUGACCGCCCUUUUAGCUUACGUCCUCGCGGGAACUUAAGGGUUGUAACCCGGGAACCGUACCAGAUCCCUUUUCGGUUCCUCCCCCCCCCUUUCACUUCAUGGCCCUGUUUCGACCUGUUAUGUGCUGAGGUGGGGUUUGUCAUUGCCGUCCUGAGGAGCCCACCUUGCGGAAUAAUGACGUCAUUUCAACCAGUAGUGCUCCAUUGUUUCCACCCCUGUCCAAACGUUCAUGUCGUUCCGUCGCAUUUCCACUCGUUACCCAUGCUCCGUUUCUUGUUAUGGCCGUUCGAGACUGUUCUUGAUGGUCGUUGGGGGCCAGGCACCUUAACACACGUGGAUGCACACACACACACACACACACACAUCAAGCAAACCCGUCGACUUCACCAGGCCUCGAACUUUUGUGUAGGAUCUCGGUCUUGGAUUACUCGCAUAGCGUAUACAAAGAAAAAUAUUAUCCAGCACUGUUCGUUUGUCCAGCGCCCGUCCUAGGUGUUAAAGUGCAGUAGGUAGGUAAGGACUCGGUUCCGUUCGCGCCUAGCCAGCCAG